GAAAGAACCAUCGGCUCCUCCUUUCCUCCAGCAGGCGGCCGAGAGCGGAGCAGCUCGUGGUGCAGGGGUCCAGAAACCGCUGUGUUGAGCUAGCCGGCAGCCACGCAGCACGAAGAGGACAGCAGCAGCAGCAGCAGGUGUAAAGAUCACAACACACCACAGCCAUGCCACAGAACGAACACAUUGAGUUGCACAGAAAACGCCAUGGCCGACGCCUUGAUUAUGAGGAACGCAAGAGGAAAAAGGAGGCGAGGGCGGGGCAUGAGAGGUCGGCCAAGGCUAAGAAGAUGUUCGGGCUGAAGGCCAAGCUGUACCACAAAGAACGGCGCAAUGAAAAGAUCCAGAUGAAGAAGACCAUCAAGGCACACGAGGAGAAAAUGACUCGACAGAAAGACAGAGAGGAAGUGCCAGAGGGUGCUGUACCGUCCUAUCUCCUGGACCGAGAAGGACAGACCCGCGCCAAGGUGCUUUCUAACAUGAUCAAGCAGAAGCGCAAAGAAAAGGCAGGCAAGUGGGAUGUCCCGAUUCCAAAGGUCCGAGCUCAGUCUGAGGCCGAGGUAUUCAGAGUCAUCAAGUCAGGCAAACGCAAAUCCAAAGCCUGGAAGCGAAUGGUCACUAAGGUCACAUUUGUUGGGGACCAGUUCACCCGUAAACCACCCAAAUUUGAGAGAUUCAUUCGACCCAUGGCACUGCGCUUCAAGAAGGCACAUGUCACCCACCCUGAGCUCAAGGCAACCUUUUGUUUACCCAUCAUUGGGGUCAAGAAGAAUCCCAGCUCCACCAUGUACACCUCUCUUGGGGUUAUUACUAAAGGUACAGUCAUUGAGAUUAACAUCAGUGAGCUUGGUCUUGUAACACAGAGUGGCAAAGUGGUGUGGGGAAAGUAUGCGCAGGUCACCAACAACCCUGAGAAUGAUGGUUGUAUCAAUGCAGUGCUGCUGGUGUGAGGAGGUGCAAUCACCUGUGUUGUGGUGUGGUGCGUGUAAUCUAUAGCCAUGGAUGUGUGCCAGAGACCAGACUAAACAGUAAACGUUCCUGGUGUUAUCUCCUCACGGGAUGCUGUAGACACUUGGCUUCAUAGUCAAGCAAGUAACUCUUAGAGUUGGCUGCCUGUAACAAUGAAUUUAUUUUGAAAUAAAAAAUAAGAUCA